GCCGGACGCAGCUGUCCCCCCCAGGACCCCAGCAUGCCGGACAGCAGAGCGGCCCCGCAGGAGAGCCGGCUGGAUGCAAGCCUGGGGACCACCCAAGAACACUUGGGAACCAGCUCCCUGACUGACGGGCACACACUCUCCAAAGAGCCCCUAAGCCAUGCUCUCAAGCUCUCAUCCCCAGCGAAGGUGAAAGAUGCCCAGUUGAAUUCUCCAGAGGAGGCGCUGUGGACAACUCGGGCCGAUGGGCGCGUCCACCUGCGCGUAGACCCCAGCUGCCCACAGACUCCCUACACUGUGCAUCGGAUGUUCUACGAGGCUCUGGACAAGUACGGGGACCUCAGCGCUCUGGCCUUCAAGCGACAGGGCAUGUGGGAGCACAUCUCCUACAACCAAUACUACCUGCUGGCCCGCAAAGCCGCCAAGGGCUUCCUAAAGCUCGGCUUGGAGCGGGCCCACAGCGUGGCCAUCCUCGGCUUCAACUCCCCGGAGUGGUUCUUCUCGGCAGUGGGCACAGUAUUUGCAGGUGGCAUCGUCACUGGCAUCUACACAACCAGCUCCCCUGAAGCCUGCCAGUACAUCGCCCAUGACUGCCGUGCCAACAUCAUCGUGGUCGACACGCAGAAGCAGCUGGAAAAGAUCCUGAAGAUCUGGAAAAACCUGCCACAUCUGAAGGCAGUAGUGAUAUUUCAAGAACCUCCUCCGACAAAGAUGGCCAAUGUGUACACGAUGGAGGAGUUCAUGGAUCUGGGGAAUGAGGUGACUGAGGAGGCCCUGGACACCAUCAUCAAUGCCCAGCAGCCUAACCAGUGCUGCGUGUUGGUCUACACGUCAGGCACCACUGGGAACCCCAAGGGCGUGAUGCUGAGUCAAGACAAUAUCACAUGGACAGCACAUUAUGGCAGCCAGGCUGGUGACAUCCAACCCGCAGAAAUCCAACAGGAGGUGGUGGUCAGCUACCUGCCCCUCAGCCAUAUUGCUGCCCAGAUCUAUGACUUGUGGACAGGCAUCCAGUGGGGGGCCCAGGUCUGCUUUGCUGAGACUGAUGCCCUGAAGGGGAGCCUGGUGAACACGCUGAGGGAAGUGGAGCCCACGUCCCACAUGGGGGUGCCGCGGGUGUGGGAGAAGAUCAUGGAGCGGAUCCAGGAGGUGGCAGCUCAGUCUGGCUUCAUCCGGCGCAAGAUGCUGCUGUGGGCCAUGUCGGUGACCUUGGAGCAGAACCUCACCUGCCCGAGCAGCGAUCUGAAGCCCUUCACAACCCGACUGGCAGAUUACCUGGUGCUAGCCAAAGUCCGCCAGGCACUGGGCUUUGCCAAGUGUCAGAAAAACUUCUAUGGAGGAGCCCCCAUGACCACGGAGACACAGCACUUCUUCCUGGGCCUCAACAUCCGCUUGUAUGCGGGCUACGGCCUCAGCGAGACUUCGGGCCCUCACUUCAUGUCCAGCCCCUACAACUACCGGCUCUACAGCUCCGGCAAGGUGGUACCGGGCUGCCGGGUGAAGCUGGUGAAUGAGGAUGCAGAGGGCAUUGGAGAGAUCUGCCUGUGGGGCCGCACAAUCUUCAUGGGCUACCUGAACAUGGAGGACAAGACGUGUGAGGCCAUUGAUGCCGACGGCUGGCUGCACACGGGCGACUCAGGCCACCUGGACGCCGACGGCUUCCUCUACAUCACUGGGCGUCUCAAAGAAUUAAUCAUCACGGCUGGCGGGGAGAAUGUGCCCCCUGUGCCCAUUGAGGAGGCCGUGAAGACAGAGCUACCCAUCAUCAGCAAUGCCGUGCUGAUCGGGGACCAGAGGAAGUUCCUGUCCAUGCUGCUCACCUUGAAGUGCACUCUGGACCCUGAUACCUCUGACCCAACUGAUAAUCUGACGGAACAAGCUGUGGAGUUCUGCCAGAGGGUGGGCAGCAAAGCCACCACAGUAUCAGAGGUCGUGGGGAAGAAGGAUGAGGCCGUGUAUCAGGCCAUUGAAGAGGGGAUCCAGAGAGUCAACAUGAAUGCAGCUGCCCGACCCUACCGCAUCCAGAAGUGGGCCGUUCUUGAGAGGGACUUCUCCAUUUCGGGUGGAGAGUUGGGUCCCACAAUGAAGCUGAAACGGCUCACCGUCCUAGAGAAGUACAAAGAUAUCAUCGAUUCCUUUUACCAAGCGCAAAAAAAGUAA